AUGCCGCUCUUCCAACCACCGCUCCACGCCCCGCCGGACUCGGCGACGGUCGAGGGCCAGACAGUCAUAAUCACAGGCUCAAACUCGGGCAUCGGCCUCGAGACGGCGCGCCAGCUGCUCCUGCGCGGCGCCGCCACCGUCAUCCUCGCCGUGCGCAACAUCCACAAGGGCGAGCUGGCCAAAGCCUCGCUGCUGUCCGACCCGGCCGUACGCCAGCGCAACUAUCCAGCCGCCCGGGUCGCUGUCAUGGAGCUUGACAUGGCCGACUACGGCAGCGUGCUGCACUUUGCUGCCGCCGUGAAGGCGACACUGCCGGCCCUGCACCUGCUCGUGCUUAAUGCCGGCUGCGGUGGCACCGGCAACGCCAACAGCCCUACAACCACGGCCAGCUCCGCCGUCGAGCCCGCCCAACGCAAGUACAGCAGCAGCACCGACGACAGCGGCGGCGCUCCAUCCUCCCCCUCCCCCUCUUCCUCCUCCUCCUCCUCCUCCUCCUCAUCCCCCGCCCGCGCCUCAGCCCAACACCCACCCCAGCACGAACCCACCCUCCAAGUCAACUACCUCUCCAACGUCCUCCUCCUCCUCACCCUCCUCGACCUCCUCCGCGCCACCUCCUCCGCCUGCGGCCGCCCCUCCCGCGUCACCUGGACCGGCAGCCGCGCCCACGCCCUCACCGCACACACCACCAUCCCGCACCUGGCCGCCUCCCUGUCAGCAGCAGCAGCACCACCACCACCACCACCACCACCAGCAUCCCCCGCCGCCAUGACGACCCCAACCCCAACCCCGACCCCGACCCCACCGCCACCGCCAACGACGCUACUCGGCGCCCUCGACGCCGCCGCCUUGCCUCGCAGCGACCAGCGCCGCAGCAACCGCCGCUGGCGCUUCUCCUCGCCGCUCGCGCGCUACGCCGACAGCAAGCUCCUCGCGGUGCUAUUCCUGUACGAGCUGCGCUCGCGGCUGGGGGUGCGCGGUGACGACUCCAACUUCUCCUCCUCCUCCUCCUCCUCCUCCUCCUCCUCCUCCGCCGCCGCAUUCUCCUCCUCUGACGACUCGGGCGACGCAGGUGCCGUUGCCGUCAACAUGUUCUGCCCGGGGAUGGUGGACACGCGCAUCAGCGACUCGCUGCCGUGGUACCUGCGGUGGCCGCUGGACGCGGUGAAGGCGGUGCGGGCGCGGUCGGUGGAACAGGCGGGGUGGGUGGCGGUGCACGCGGCGGUGGUGGCGGGGGCGGCGGAGUCGCAUGGGAGGUUUUUGGGGGAUUGUGAGGUUUUUGGGGAGACGGAGUUUAUCAGGAGCGCCGAGGGGAAGAGGGUGCAGGCGAUGGUUUGGGAGGAGACGGUGGCGGAGAUGUCGAAGUUGGUGGAGGUGCCGGAGUGGAUGGCGCGGGCGAGAUGA